CGGAAUGCAUUUUGCAUCCUUGCCUUUCCCCUGAUCUUCUUUGGAUGUCCUUGACUGCGAUUGUGACAGGUGCAAAGAAUGCUGGCUGCAGAUCCGAGCUUGGCCUCGGUGAAGUCCUCUGUGUCUGCUGAUCGCAAUCAUUUGCGUGCGAAGGAAAUACUCAUGAAGAAUGCGUACGCGACAAGGGAUAAGGUGAUCGCGGCAGUUGCAACAGCAGCUGCCACAUGCAUGGCAACUCCAAGCGUUCCUGCGGAGAGCAUGCAAUCUGGAUUGGGAGCAGAGACUACGCGUGAUGUAAGAGGGCAUCAAAAUGCCGAGAACACGAAACUACUAUCAUCGGGUGGAGUGGAGCCAUGUGCUGUUGGCAGUGAUUUGACUGUUCAGGGUGCUUCGGCAUAUGCUGCCCAGCAUGUCGGCAGGGAGUGUUCAGCGAUGGCGGUUCAACAGUGUGACGAAACUGGUGGUGGCAGGGCUCCUGGUGCUUCCUAUGGAACGGCAGCGUCUGCUACUUUCAUGCCACCACCAUCUGCCCCUAUGUAUCCUCGGCACAAUAGUCUUUUCCCACAACCAGGUGCGCCAGCAAUCAGAGCAUCUGACACCGUACCUGCAGCAGCAGCAGCAGCUGCUGCUGCUGCUGCUGCAGCUGCAGUGGGCAUGGGACCACCAGUUGCUAUGCACAUCCCUCCGCGAGUAUCACAUGGAGGAUAUUAUCCCCAGCCUCACCAUUCAGGAAUCCUCCUUCCGACUGCAGCACUGCAGUGGUAUGCCGCUUCAUCAGCCGCGAGGGCAGUAGGUGUAGGUCCACAGGCAGGUGGCAUGCCUCCAGCAGUGGGCUCGUCACCGUGUUUGUGGCCACCAGGAGCAGCAGUGAAUCCUCUGAGAAAUGAUCCUCACAGUAUAGCAGCCCACUUCUUCCAGCCUUUCCCGACACCUGCAACAGUCGGAGCAGCACAGUACCACCCAUACACCAUGGCGCCUACAGCUGUUUCACCUGUGCAUGUUCCGCUGCCUAGAACUUAUUCUGGAGGGCCAUCCCCGCUCAUAACAUGCUCCUCGGAUACGGAUAGUGCAGUGGCGGCAGCAUCUGCUGCGGCUGCAGCAACUGCCGCAAGGAUGAGAACUGCAGUAGGAGUUGGAAAUUUACAUCAUUUGACACCACCCCCGACCCUUCUUCCGUCAACGCCCACUGGCGCCAAUCCAUCCCUGCUGGGUCUGCUCACAAAUGUGGAAUUGUAUCCACCUUAUGCUCCCAGCACUUUGCACAUGGCUUCUCCUAUUGGCUCGCAACCAACAUGGUGUGGCAACCACCAACAAACUGUGGGUACUGCAGCUGCAGCUGCACCAGCAGCAGCGAGAAUGAUGACCGAGCGAAUGGACGCAUGGUAUAUGAUGCAUCCUGGCGUCUCAAGGGAUAUGGUAAUUAGUGGACAUGGUAGCAAGGGUAUCAGCGGGACAUCGUGCGGAAUGUUUUUUGAUUUUCCUAGCACGUCACGAGAGAAGCCAAGGGGAAAGGAGAAGGCUAUGGAUUUAGGUGUCCUCGCCCCAAAGGAUGGACAAACUUGUAUGGAAGAUGGUUCUCGUUCUGGAAAGGAGAUUGCCGAAGAAGAAGAUGACGAGUAUGAGUCAGAUUUGGAUGAUGAUGACGACGAGAAGGAUCAGGAGGAAGGCAUGCUGCACAAUACUCAGAGAUGGGCAGACCAGGAACGGACCGAGACAUCUGACGGAGAAGCAGCACCAUCUGAUGGGCAUAACCAAGGGAAAAACGUGUCUUAUCAAGCAAGGGAUUUGUGGUCCCGAGAUGCUAGUCACACAGGUGCAUGUGAUGGGGAAUGGGGCUGGAACGUAAGCAGUAGCACUGGAAGGAGGGCUGGCCGUAGUGGUACGGGCCGGGAACUAUUUGAGAGGACCUCAGACGGGUGUUGUGGCACAACUAUCGGACAAGGCAUGUCGCAAAUGUCAAAUCAACGGUCCCGGGAAGUUGUUCGGGAUGCUCAAAGGCCAAGGGAUGAAAACAAUAGAAAACGAUUGCCAGGGCUGCAACAUGGGGCAGACAAUAAUGCAAGGGAGAGGAGAGAAUGGGCAACUGUCGAGGGGAAUGAUCAUCACGCUGCACGAAAGGGACAUGUGGCAGAAGAAAGUGGAAGGAGAGGAAGAUCGACAGCAGCAACCCCAUCAAGUCUCCAUAUAGGGAGGGGAGGGGAGACAGGGGAGAGACCUGGGAUUCUGCCAACCGCUGGGGAACAAUAUGCGCGAGGAAGCAUCGAAAUGAGUCAGCGUUCUGCAGACCGACUGUCUCUCCACUUAGCGCAUGUUCCUGGGAUCCCACCGCCGCCACUAUUGUCCUCUCUCCAUCCGGGCGCUCUGGCCGCAGCUCAUGCUGUAUCCCAUAACCAUAGUCAGCAGCACCAGCAUCCUCAUCCUCUUCAUCACCAUCAUCAUCAUCAGCAGCAGCACCACCAAGCGGCAUUGCCGGAGCUCUGCGCACCGCUUCCAUUGCUGCUUCAGGCACAUCAUUCGUCAAUCAUGGCCCACCCCUGUAACAUGAGCUCCCCAACCGUGCUUGAACCUGCAAUACCAAGACCAUGUCCAGUCCCUGGCCCGUCAAUUCGCCCAAUUAAGGUGGUUCCUACCAAGGCAGUCGUUGCAAGACCCGAAUCCACAGCAGGAAUUCUCCAGUCGUUGCAAUGUCAAAGAGAACCCACUAAGAAAUAAAGUAGGCAAUCAAAUGCUGUGAUUGACUGCCAAGCAACUUCCAGAAGUGCCGGUGCAAUUCAAGAGUCCUGUAUGAUCUCUGCCAGGACGAUCAGAGAAUGCCAGAUUGUGAGUAACAAAAAAGGCUGGCGACGAAACCAACUACUACUUCAGCUGCUUCAGGAGAGCUCCAACCAUGGAUCCAUAUUUCCAUUCAAGGAAAAUGGGCAGAGAUUCCUGGUAAGGAUUUUUAAGUUAUUUGUGGUCACGGCUCACGUGGCAGGUUCGCUGUCUCUAUUGAGCGGAAGGAGAACAGAUAGGUUCUUCGUUCGUUUGGUUUGUUUUUGUGUUGAUGACCUCAGCCACUUCAUCUACUCAUGUGACGACGCAGGAUUGUAAAUUAUUUUGCCUGUUAUUUGUCGGAGAUUUCCUAUGUCCACAACGGAGGCGAACUCCCUCUGUGCAUUUCCCACCAAUUUGUCUCAAUGUGCUAUCAUGGGGUCAACAGAGGUUGCAGUCUGUCCUUCUGUAAGAGGCUGGAAGAAAUCCAAUCGACAAAUGAAGUGCAAGACUGACAAGUCUUUUUCCCCGUUUUUGUUUGUGAAGUCUUUGCUUUAUGUCCACAUUUUUGUUUCUAGUGAGGACGGUCUGUGAUGGCAGGAGUGUGGUGGAAGUUACCCACCAUAUCCAUUUCUUGCCAUGUCCCCUCAUUAGGGUAUUGCAUUAAUAAAUAUCCUUUGCAAUA